AUGAACGUGGAACUAUCGGUGCACCUUUCACAAACGCUUCCGAACCACUCAGACAAGUGUUUAUUUCCUCCUUCCCUCCUUCAGUCUAUAGUCGACUCAGUCACUGAUCUACCGCAUCCUUUGGUGUUUAGUGUAUCUGAUGGCACUUCAAGUAUAGCUGUGGGUGUUAGAGAGUUUACUGCUGACGAGGGCACGAUAGCUGUUCCACAGUAUAUUUUUGAUAGACUUAAGAAUGAUAUUGUCUCGGUGUCGCUCGACUCUUCGCUUCCCAAGGCUACUUUUCUCCAGCUUAAGCCUGCUCAGUUCUACCCACACAUCACCAACUGGAAGUUUUACUUGGAAUCACAGCUCAGCAAGAACUAUACUACUUUAAGCAAGGGGAAGUCGUUUUUUAUUGAUGACCGGGUGGCUAAUAGCUUGGUGGAGGUAAAUGUGGAGGAUGCUAAUGCUCAGACAGUCAUUGUCGUGGAUACAGAUACUAUCUUGGAUGUGCUUCCACUUAACGAUAUCAUGGCAGCUCAGCAGCUCAACCAGAUAGAAGCCACGUCUGCUUUGGAGAACAUCCCCGAGCUUUCUGAAUCCGAAGUGUUGGAGGUUGUACCAUUUAACCAGACUACUGUGCCUAAGAUCUUCAAGAUCAACCUUCGAAAAGUCCAAUCGAGCUUUCAGUUGGUACUUAGAUCGGAAAAUGAAGAGGAGGCGUAUAAUGUGGACUUGCUCGUGGCGCUUGAUAAGUUUGUCAAGCUCGAUAACUUUGCAUUCGAGACAAUGUCUCAAGAUAAGGUCGUUUCAAAUACCGACAAGAAAGUGGAAAUCGAUAUGAAAAGUGAUAUGAUUAUUAAUCAUAUGGAGAAAUACAAGGAGGAGGAUUCGUGCUACUUAUAUGCUGUUGUCUUUGCUUGGGACCACAAUGCCCGAGUGAAGCUCGAAACGGCUCCUCUCUCCAGUCACACUGAGCCUGCAAAGACGACAGCUACGGAAACAGCAUGUAGUCAUUGCGGCAAGUUCAUCGACAAGAACAAGUUGCCCCUUCACGAGGCGUUUUGCAUUAGAAAUAACGUCAAGUGCUCCUGUGGGUCUGUCUUCACCAAAGAGGUACCCUCCAACCAUUGGCAUUGUGAUGUCUGUGAACCUCCAGUGGCUGGUAACAGUACGCUUUUCAAGUUUAAGCACGAUCGUCUUCAGCACAGCGGGCCAUAUAAAUGUGAGGUGUGUGGCUCAUCUGACGAAUAUCCAGACUUCGUGCUGUUGGUGCAACAUCAUAAGCUGACUAGCUGUCCGUCAAAAUUGCACGAAUGUAUGUUUUGCCACUUGAUCUUGCCACAAGAAGAAGAGACUUAUGAGGAUCGGUUUACCAACCUCACUCACCAUGAAAACCAAUGUGGAAACAAGACAACAGAGUGUUUCGAGUGCCACCGUGUGUUGAAGAGGAAAGACUUGAAGAGCCAUAUGCGGAUGCAUUAUAUGGAUAAGGUUGAGCUUAAUACAGAAACGAUAGACAAGUGUGCCAACGCCAAUUGCGUCAACGUGCUUGACAAUGCUUCUAAUGACCUCGGUCUCUGUGACAUUUGCUAUGGACCUUUGUUCGCUACUGUACUUGACCCUACCCACAUAAAGCUACAGAAUCGUAUUGAGCGUCGCUACAUGCUUCAGCUUACCAAAGGCUGUGGCAACAGCUGGUGCCAAAAUCCCCAAUGUGCCACGGCAACUCAACCCCAGCCUAUCAAGGACCUGCUUCGUAGAAUACAACAAGAGUUGUUGCCGCUCGUGGCUAACCCUGAACUUCCAAUUACAAAGAAGAAUGGCAAAAAAUCUGACAGAAACGAGUUCUACUUCUGUAUCUCCGAAAGCAUCAAUAAUAAGAAGAGACUCGUGGAGCAUCUUACCGACGAGGGCCAGUACUCAAAGAGUAUGGCUCUUAGAGCGGUUCAUAAACUGAGAGACGAAGACACCGCCAGAGAUUGGCUUUCCAAGAACGCUAUACCCGUUAGUUAG